AUCACGAGUCCCACAUACAAGUAUACACAAUAUACGUGUGGCAUGGUGUGUACGUAUACAUGCCUCUUCCUUCGACUUGAGUCGACAGCCCCUCUCUGCUGCAGCUUUUAAUAAUACGUAUGAUCAUGUGUACAUGGUAUACAGCAUCGGAAUAGUCACAACUCGAUUUUUAUAUUCCCUUUGCUUUCUCGCUCAAAUCACACACGUUAAUUUUUUUUUCUUCUUUUUUUUUUCCACCUUUCAAUAAAAUAAAAUGAAAAUACUCGCGCCACGAAUGACAAUAAUCAAAGAGUGCAUAUAAAACAUCGAAGAAGAAGAAGAAGAAACAAACGCAGAGAAGACCGAAGCAAAUCGUUGGCUUAUAAAUAACCACACGGCGAUUGAAAAAUGAGGGCAAAAAUCGGUAGCUGUUCAUACUAGCUUAUAAUGCCAAUACGGUGCUCCACGUAGACGUCAGUGAAUCGCAGUGGAUAUACAAUAAUGACAUAACUGUUUCCUCCUCCGAAGGGACGACGGGGGCAUGCACACACGUGGAAAAUUGUUAUGUCCUCGAUAUCUUGAUUCCGCGUCCAUACGUGGGUAUACAUAAAUAUUGUCCCUCGUACAGUAUGGGAUGAAAUAUAUGAUGAGCCGCCGAUUUGAGAGAAACCAUCAUCACCCACACGAUGUACCGCCGAUAGAAGUUGUUGUUAUACUACUACUACCUCCUCAGGAGCAGUGCAAAAACCAAGGGGAAACGAAAAAACACCAAGGAAUAAUGCACGCAGGCCGGCGUUAAUUAUAAUGAGAACUAAAUCGGUUGGUCUUUGCAGUGAGAGUCGGCAAGGAACGGCAAGGCUGACAGCCGCAACGCUGUUGCUCAUUGCGAUCUACCUGAUGACGAUGACGACGAUUUUCUACAGAAGCAGCGAUGCUGCGCCCGUGCUACAGACGACCGAGAGCCACGAUUCCAUGGAACAGCCGGACAAUCCUGAGCCCAGCGACGAGUCACCGGUUUUCGAGCAAACUGCCUCCAACGUUUCGGCCUUUGAAGGGCAAACCGUCUACCUGCCCUGCCGAGUAUCCGGCCUUGCCGACAAAGUCGUUUCGUGGAUGAGAAGCAGGGACCUGCACAUCCUGACGUCCGGCGAGUACACCUUCAGUUCGGACGACCGUUUCAAGCUGCAGCACCUGCCCGGCAGCGACGCCUGGACGCUGCAGCUGGACCGCGUCAAGAAACCGGACGCCGGCCGGUACGAGUGCCAAGUCAACACCGAGCCGAAAAUCAUGUACGCCGUCCAGUUGACGGUCCGAGACCCCAACAAGCCUGAAGGUUACGACGAACCACAUUCCCAACAGAUCCACUUGAGCUACGAAACUACGGCCCCCGUAGCGGCGAUAAUGGGACCGCGGGAGCAAACAGUAGCGCCCGGCUCGACCAUCACCCUUAGGUGCGUGAUAAACUCGCCGUACCAGACUCGGCCGAUCAGAGGGGUCCAGUGGCUCCGCGACAACAAACUACUCACAUUCCAAGCAGCCCGAGGUGGCAUAAACGUGGAAACGGUCACGGGUAUGGCCCAAACCUUCAGCGAGGCGACACUUGCCAAUGUGACGGGACACGACAGCGGCAAGUACUCUUGUAGACCGUCGGAGGGUAAGAGCGACACCAUUUUCGUCAACGUCCAAGACUCGACGACUUCAUCGUUGGGCAUUGGUGAUCGUACAGAGGCCAUGCAGCACGACGCGCCCUACACUUCUCUCGCCGUGGCUCUACGCCCGUGUCUUGCCUCGUUGCACGUGAUUUUUAAUUUUCUUUUUAUCAAUUAUCGAGGCAAUAAAUUUUAGACUCAGUAUUACAAGCUUGUCAAUGCGAGGACGAACGAGUCAUCACGCGGGAAACAAAUGCAAUUUACCGAAUCUGCUCCCAUACGAUUGAACAAUGGUGAUUCCAUCAACCAUUCAAUUAUUUCUUCCACGUGUGUGACCUACGACUUGGUUUUUGUUCAGUAUCAAAUGGUUAUUUAUUUAUUUGUAUCAAAGAGGUACACAUGACUAGCAAAUAACGUUUUUAUUUCAAUACUCCUCUCGCGUUGAUGUAUAUCCGUGUCUUGUUUGGGAGGUAAUUAUAUUAUGUAUGAGAUGCUUAUAUCGAAAUGAUAAUAUAUAUAUGCGCAACAAAUAGUAAUCAUACACUUUAUUAAAGUACAAACAAUCGAAAUAGAGUUGUGAUUUCUACAACAAAGUAGGGAUAGAUAUAAUAUAUUUGUAUACGAAAUAAAUUAUAACGUCAAAUGAAAAUACAAUUGUAUUAUCAUUCGUAAUAACUCAUGUAUAAGUAUAUAAACUUAUCGUAAAAAUAUCAAAAGAGAGAAACAAAAAGUCAAUCAUUUGUGUACGUAUAUCGUUGUUUUUAUCAAUAAUUAUUUAACGAGCCUAAUUAAAGACAAUGUAUACCCUAAUUGACUGUUUCAUGGAAACAGCUGCUACUAGCAUAUUUUUUUUUUUCAUAUAUUUUUAUUCGUAAAACGUCAUUUUUGUUAUACAUUAUGCACAAAUAAGCAUACAAU